AUGAGUGCUGCUUCUAGUAAGGGAUUAGUAGCCCUAAUCAAAAGAGGUUGGAAUGAAAUUCCAGAAAUUAUGGGGAGUUCUGUUUUUGGAAUCGCUGGAGUUGGAUUAACGAUUUAUUCGGUUUACUUGUACUACCAAAAAGAUGGAGAUAACAGAAGAUAUAAGGAACAGUACACUGUAUACAGACACGAUGAUCCAAGGGUAGAUAAAAUCAAACAAUAGUGAUAGCAAAAUAUCUAGUCAUGUAGUAACUUUAUUCUUGUUUAAAUUCUUAAAAUAAAUACAUUUUUAAUAAAGAGAUUUGUGUUCAAAUAUACAUUUUAAAUUAUAUUAAACGAGAGUAUAUAAUAUAAGGUAAAUGAUAUGGUUCACUUCAAUUUAAAGAACACCAUUACAUUUUCUGUUGGAGGCUUCUUCAAAGUUUUAUUGAAUAAUGAAGUAUUCAGUGAUAUUUUACAUUAUAGUGCUAGUAAAUUUAAAUUUCAAAUAACUCUCAACUAUUACCAUGGUGUCAAACAGUAAUUACAUUAUAGUGCCAGUGAAUUUAAAUUCAGAAUAACCCUCAACUGCAAUUGUGGGAUCAAAAUAGACCCCACUGUACACAUUUCUGGCAAUGUUGGAAAAACCAAGUAAUUUGGCUACACCACUAUAGCUAUUCUCAGUCGACUUGGUACUUGUGACUUGUGUUAACAUUGUAAUAGGCAAUUGGGAGUCAAUAAGAAAAUUUUUUCACAGAUUUUAUUUUUUAUUUUACAGUGAAAAACAUUUCUAGUGCUUCAAUGCCAGGUACAAAUGAUACAAUUCAUGUUGGCAGUCGUCUUAUAACUAUUGACAAAGUGGAUUUCACAAAUGAUAUAAAAACAAAUAAAGAAGCUGAGACGAAUAAAGAAAGAGAAAGGAAAAAUAAAACAUCAAGAUAACAGUAGCUAGAAUCUAGCCUGGAACUCAGUAGUAUUGGUACGGUACAAAUAAAUUCAAGUGGUCUAAAAGUCAGCCCAUUUGUGGAAGUGGUAGGUCACAUAAUAUGUCAGGGUUCAUCUACCUGUGAUUAUUAGCCCAGUACUUCUUAACAGACCGCAAACUGCUUGAGGCAUGGUCUCUUUUGAUUACAAAAGAAAUGUUGCAAACUAUUUUGGAACAUUUCUUCUUCCAAAAUAACAGAAAUGAGCAUUUUGUAUGGAAAUACGGCCACUUAAGUUGAUCAUCUUUCUUUUACAGAAUAAAAGUUUUUCUUGAAUUAAUGGCACUCUGCGCAAAAUAUGGAACUGGGAGACCAAUAUGUCUAAAGCUCGUUUUUUGUUAGCUUUCAUGACACUGCAACUAGGGAAGGAUAGGAAGAUGGUGUACUUAAAAUCAAAAACAGAAAAGUAUGGCAUUAAAAUGAUGUCUUUAUGUGACGCUAAACAUGAAUUCAUUUAUGAUCCUAAUCCACAUAAAAUAAGUGUACCCACAACAUCUGUUUUAUGAUUAUUAGUCCCAUUCUAAAUACCAAUCGAAAUGUAACUGGUGACAACUAGUUUACAUCAAUAGAGCUUGUCACAGACCCGCAUAAAGUAGGAACCCUUAGAAAAAUUAAAAAAGACAUUUCUCAAGAAAUUUCUUCCUAGGGAAGCUUAAAAAUACCUCAGCAUAGCGUUAGUUAAAGUCUUAACAACGAUAGUAGUUGAGGGGUUAAAAUUAUAUUAACGAUCUUAAAGACAUGAAAUAUUUAUUGAGUUGUAAAUAUUGGAAACCUAACAGAAUUCAUCGUCUCCAUAUUGUAUUAUCGAAUUUGUCAUACUUACCUUUUUUAUUAAUUUCUAAAUUGAGAACUGAAUCUUAAACUAUAAGCACAACUGGAGAGUAUUCAAAACUUAAAUUACACCAACUUUUGAUUUUGUACAGUACAGUUGAAAAUUUUAUUUUAUAUAAUUUUAAUUUCAUUUUGUAUCAUGUAUGUGAAGUCUUUGCCAACUAUUUUAUAAGCGCUUUGGUAGUGGGAUUGUGGCAAAAAUAAACACCAAAGUGUAUUAUUUCUAAAAUAAUUUCUAGCAUUCAAAUAUUUAAGUACUUUGACCAUAAUUUCGGUCUCUGACGAUGAAUAUAUAAACAUUCUAAAGGUAGGAAAUAUAUUAGAAAUAGUACACUCACCGAUAUUUGCAAUUUUUAUUGAUUUCCGAAAGGCAUAAGACACAGUUACAAGAGAAAAUCUUUACAAAAUAAUGAAAGUACCAAUAAAACUGAUGAAGCUCACGAAAAUGGCAUUUGCAUAUAUCAAAACAAAAAUUAAAAUAAAACAGAAAAUAUCAACUUUAACACAAAUAUAGGGCUAAAACAGGGAGCUCCUCUAUCUACUACACUGUUUGGAUAGUACAAAGAAGCGGAAUGAAACCAGGGGAAGACUAAAAACAGAAACAGUUGCUAGACUAUGUAGAUGAUGAGGUAAUCUUAUCAAUAAGUGAAAAGACGUGCAGGGCUUUCAUAGAAAUGGCAAUUUUAUGAAAAUGACCAAAACUCGAAUUACACAUGCAAUAAUUAUUGGGAUUCGAGCAAGUCAACAGUUAUGUGUAUUUUGGACAAUGAUGAUGAGGAAGAAAACAUAGAAACAAGGUUAACUCAAGGAAGCAAAUAGUCAGGAACAAUAAACAAAAUACUAAUCUCCAAAAAACUAACAGUACUUUAUGCAAGCGAAACGUGGAGACUUAAUAAAACGGAGGAAAACAAAUUAGAUAUAUGGGAGAAGAAAUUACUGACAAGAAAAUUAGGAGGGAAAAAGGAAGAAGAUAUAUAGAGAAGGAUAAACCAAGAAAUUGAGUGGGAAAUUAGUAAAAUUGGCUGGGACACUUGAAAAGAAUACAGGAAACAAGAACGAAAAAGAAAGUGACCAUUAGAAAUAUGGCAAGAGCACGAAAAAAAGAAGGUUCCAAAAAGAGAUGGUAUGGGAGGUACAAGGAGAUCUAAUGGAGAGGGUAGUUCGGGGCUGGCAAAGUCGAAAAAUAUAAUAGAUGAAAAAAAUUAUUGCCACACUAUGAGGGUCUAAGAGUCUAGGAGCCCUUUCAAAUAUUUUCAAAUAACACCCUCUAUAUACCCACAUGUGGUCUAUAUAUUUUGAUAGCCAAGUAUACUUUAAGGGACUAGAUCUUCAUAAUAAAUUAGUAUUUUUUAAUUGGUUGUUGGAAAGAUAAAAAUUUAAAAAAGUAAAUAAAGUUCGGUGACUUCAUUUGUUAAGUUUCACUCGUAUAAUUACCUCAAAUCACUCAAUCAUAAUAUUAUAGCAACAAAUACAAAAAUACAGUCCACUAAGCACUAGUACUCUUUCAUUAGUUAUAAUGUACAAUACAUUGUACAUAUCUGAUUCUAUGCACCUAAGGUCACAUAUUCCCAACCGAUAAAAAUUUUCAAGACUGAAUGGGUUAAAAGACAAAAUAACAUACAAGUGAAAAAUUAAUCGAAAUUAAUGUGUUUCAGGUGGAAUCAAUUAAUAAAUAUAACUGGAAAUCUACUUCCACAUAAUCGAUUGGCAUAUAUAGUAAUUUGGUAAAACAGUUUUUGUUGAAUUUUUCUUCCAUUAGUUGCUAGUUUACUUAAAAGUUAAAUAAUAAUAAAGUUAAAAUAUGGGAAUGUAUAUUUUUCAGUAAUAAAUUUCAAUUAUAACAUUUAAAACAAAAAUGCUCUAAAGAUAGAUACAUUUUUUUUACAUGGUGUUCUUUAAAAUAAGAGCUUACCAUUUCCAAAUUAGUAGAGACAGUUUAAAAUAGUUAUCACUUAUAAUCAAUCACUUUUUUUUAUUAAACAAAAUAUUUCAACACCAAGAAAAAAAAGGACUUUUAUCUUGGAAGCGUUGUGUAAAAUUUAAAAACCUAGAAGUAUGUUGGCUUUGAGAUCUGAAACAAAUUACAUUUUAUAUAUUGACAACAAAUUCUGCUAUAUCAUUUUAUACAUUCUUAUUUUAAUAAUAAAACAAUUAAGUGAAUUGUAUAAAAUAUUGGAUUAAAACAUGGACUUAUUAAAGGUUAUGGACGAGCCCAAACGGUUUUAAAUCGAUGCCAACGAGUUUGCCCAUGGUUGUUUGGGAUAAUUCAUUUUUAAGUACCUGGAGGAUUUUUAAGUGUUAAUGUCUUAUUAUCUGCUACUUAUUUUAUUUUGAUUGAUAAUUAUAACGUGGUUUUUAGUGAUUUGUGAGGAAUAUUUUGUAAAAAUAUCAAGAUCAGUAUUAAUCCUUUUCCUCCCAAUAAAAAUUAGUAUUUUAUAAUCAUUGCAAUCAAAAAUGAUUAUGUACCUAUAUUUUAGAAUACCAAAAGACCCCAAUCUUAGGAAUAAAUGGCUAGUGACUAUAAGAAAAGACAAUUUUAAACCAAAUGACUAUACAGUGUUUUGUGAAAAACACUUCACCAAAGAAGACUUUGAAGUUAAUUAGAAUUUUAAAAGCAGGAGCAUUUCCUUCUGUUUUUGAUUUUCCCAUACAUUUACAAAAAAAUACAAGAAAGGAGGUCUUUGGAAAAGAAAUGCUUAAGCAGUGAAGAUAUUGAUGUGAAGAAAAUAAUAGAUUGUACGAUACUAGUACUGCCACAGAUGCACCAGCUGUGGAUACUGAAAUUUACCAAAGGAUCUAAAUGUACAAAAUACUAUAAUGGCCAUAGAUCCUUUCGACCUCUAGAGAGAAAGCUUUUUCAAAAGGUUGAAAUUUAUAUCAAUAUUAUUUUAGUCUUGGUAAAUUGCCAUUUUACCUACUAACUAUCUAACAAAUUUUCUUUUUCUUUAACAAACUUAGGAAAUAUCAUCGAAAUACAAUGAAGAAAAUUAAGACAAAAGAUCUAACUCAUUGUUGGAAUAAUUGUUAAAAGAAAAUAAAACUGAACAAAAA